ACAUUGCCACCCCCAGCUGCCUCUCCCUCUCUCCCGCAGGUGUGGCCAUUGGCGUUGCAGGUGUGGUUCAUCUUCACCGUCACCAUCAGCGUCUUCCCCGCCGUCACCAUGGACGCCGUCUCCACGGUGGCCGGAGACGGGAUCUGGGGGCUCUACUUCAUCCCCAUCUCCUGCUUCCUCGUGUUCAACCUCUUCGACUGGUUCGGCCGCAGCCUGACCGCCUUCUGCAUGUGGCCCCGGAAGGGUAGCAAGUGGCUGGCGGCCUUGGUGAUCACACGAGUGGUCUUCAUCCCACUCUUCAUGCUGUGCAACAUCUACCCGCGCCAGCUGCCCGUGUUCUUCGCCCAUGACGCCUGGUACAUCUGCUUCAUGGUCCUCUUCGCCUUCAGCAACGGCUACACGGCCAGUCUCUGCAUGUGCUACGGACCGCAGAACGUGUCGCCAAAGGAGGCAGAGAUGGCUGGAGCUGUCAUGUCGUUCUUCCUGUCCCUGGGGUUGGCGUCCGGAGCCUUACUCGGCUUUUUGGUCCGUGCAAUGGUCUGAUUCCAACCAGGUGUGGUGUGACACGAGCAAGCCUCCUCCACUUAACCCCUCCGUUCAGACCGUCCCUUCCUCCCUCCCUCCCCACAACCCCACCUCUCUGCUCCCCAUCCAGUUUGUGCCCUUCCUACGCCACUGGCUUGGUCCGCGCGAAAGCCGAGUCCUGUACCCUCGCUCAACAGGCAACGAGAGUGUGAGAAUGGGGAGGGGUGAGAGGGCCUUGGUGAAGAAUGGGAUGAGGGCAGCUCUCCCUGCCACAGCUCACCCUCCCUCUCCCCUCCCCACAAAUCCCAGCCGGAGAGACAUGCUGCACAUUAAUAAGAGACGCGAGUGCCUCCCGAACCAAACUAUAAUGUUGUUUAAUUGACCUACUGCUAAUGGAGGCCCAGGAAGUGGUACGGUCUUCCACGAAACUCGGCGGUAUUAAUGGCCAUGGUCUGGCAAAGACCAGGAUCUGGGUUGUCUAUGUGGUCAUCAGACGACAAUGUCUCAGCAAUAACUCUAGUUUUAAUACAGUGUAUAUUUUUAUGCUUGAUGUUUAUGUGUUUAUAAAAGUAUGCUGUCUAAUCU